AUGCCUUCCACACCGAACAUGCAUAUGAGCACGGGGUUUAGUGGACGUGUGUCUAGAGCCGCCGCCGGAGACGACAAGUACAGGGUUAGUAAGCGUACUCAGGGGUAUGGAAUUCAGGACGCAACUAACAACAACCAUCAUGACCGCAGGGCCGGACAUAAUGGUUCGUAUAGACCUCACAACCAGACGAACGCCACACAAUCCAAGAGCUUCGUUGAGAGGGUGAGGUUCAACGGCGCAUCGUGCAUUCAGAACAGUAUCAAAAACUUCAGUGGAACCAAAACCGAAGCCACAACACCAUCGCCGAACACCGACGACAAGAAAAGCACAACCAACAAACCUGAAGACAAGCUGGAAAGCAAGCCGCCUAACCUGAGCAAGCCGUACGGCCGCGGCUUCUUCCCAAAGCCUUUCCCGUCGACCAAGGCAGGGCAGCACCCCAACCCACCCCAGCACGGCAGGAAGUUCGGAGACCUCCUCGAGAACCUCCAAACAGACCCCUCCCUCUGCCAACGCCGAGGCGACCGCAAAUACCUCAAGAGCGCCUUCACCUUUGGCACCGUCUUCAGCACGGCGCACCACACCCCAGCCGGCGGGCCCGACGACCCGGAGCACAUGACCACGACCCGCCACUACGGACGCGUCUACUCCAAGUACCGCAAGUUCAUCGUGGUCGAGUGCAACGAGGUAUCUUUUGUGGCUUUGCCCAUCUACACUUGCAACGGCACCGGCCUGUCGAGAAAGUCGAGCCGCGAGAUCCCAGAGUACAUCGACGUCAUGGACCGCCGCGUCGAGGUCCCGGGCCCGGCCAACGGCGUGAACGGGAGGUUGUUCUGCGUCGCCGACGGCGAGAGCGAGGACGCGCCCGUGCUGCGCGACAACAAGGACUACACCCGCGUCGGGGCCAAGGGGAACGCCUGCGUGCGCCUGACGGAGCCCUGCUCGUUCAGGUACAGCAUCUGGUCGCGGAUCGAGGCUCAGCUGACCGACGAUUCGGUCCAUCUGCUCCGCGAGGUGAGGGCUACCAAGAUGGCGGCGAGCAGCUUCAAGGUGCUGCAGGAGAUGAGCCCGGCUAACCUUGUGUGCCUGUUGGGGAAGAUGGUCCAGGCGGACUUUGUCGAAAAGCUUGCACAAAUGCAAGCGGAGAGUCUUGUCAAGAUGAGAGGCCGAAAGCAAAUCGAGGCUGUUGAUGCCGAAAAAGAUGAGGGUGAGCCCGUGGGAUCCUGA